AUGACGAUGACGAUGAUGAAUGAAGACGAAGGUGAAGAAGAUCAUUAUCAGGAUGAUUACUACAGUGAUGAUGAUGAUGAUGAUGAUAAUAGUGACGUCACUGAUUUAAAUGAUGAAAAAGAAGUUGACGACGACGAUGAUGACGAUGGUAAGGUGAGUUAUGGGCGCGUUAUUAAUGAUGAUGAUGCCGACCUAUUUGACAAAACAUACGUCCGCGUUCAAAAUACUAAUAAAAACAACAACAACAACAACAAAAGAAACAACAACAACAGCAACAACAACAAAAAUAAUAAUAACAAUGUUCACAUUAAUAAUAAUGGUGAGGAAUUUGAGGAAGAUAUAAGCAACGUCAUCAUUAUAAGAAAUGUCACGAAUGACGUUGGAAAUGUUUUCGGCAUUAAUAACAGUAACAACAACAACAACAACAACGACAACAACAGCAACACCACCAACAACAAUAACAACAACAACAACAACAAAAUCGACAUCAACAACAACAACAUCAGCAGCAGCGCCCACAAUCGCUUCAAGCGUUCAAACGUAAUCACAACUGAUCAUACAAAGUUUCAGUGGGACGAACAAAAAUAUUUUCCUUACAAUAAAAACAAAAACAACAACAACGUCAACUACAAAAGAGAUCUCAAUAACAACAGCAACAACAACAACAACAACAACGACAACAACAACAACAAUAAUGGCGACAUCAACUUAAAUUAUUUUUAUUACAACGAUGGCUUCAACAAAAACAUCAACAACACUCUUUCCUACUAUCUUGACGACAUUAACAAUGACAUUAACGCCGAUUAUAACGACGAAAAAAACCACAACUACUACAGCCAAGGCAGCGACUACUACAGCCACUACGGCUACGUUUACGACGACGAUUUCGUCAGGCCGCAAGAGAAGCAGCUGAUAAAUGACUUACUGAAAAAUUAUGAAGACAUUGGAAUAGUCGGAAGGCCCGUCGUCAACACUUCGGAAACAAUAAAAGUUAGAUUCGGGAUAGCUCUGAUUCAAAUCCUGGACAUUGAAGAAACGAAUCAAGUUUUAACUACCAACAUAUGGUGCAGAUACAAGUGGAAUGAUACUCUCCUCCAAUGGGAUCCGAAAGAUUAUGGUGGGAUCAGCACUGUUCGAGUCCCAGUUACGAAGAUAUGGAAACCCGAUGUUGUCCUAUAUAAUUUGUGA